CAGUUUACACUAAAGGCAAACAGUUCCGAUUUUGAAGAGAUAAGUUUUCUAUCUCGCACGGCAAAAUGGAUAAAGUUUACAGUCAAGAAAUUAUAUGGGGCUAGCGGCGGAGUUGGAAUCCAAGAAAUAGAGGUUUACAAUGAAUAUUGUAAUCAACGUAAGUGAUUUUUAAAACUGAACAGAUAAACACAAAAGGAGCCAAGAAACGAUUCUGUUAAUUGGUAAAGAUAUCCUCCAUGUUUGAGGGGAAAGAUACGUUGUAUAUAACUUCAUUAAAAUUUUGAUCCAUUGUUGGACCUUGUUGGUGUUCGGCUAUGUUUGUGAAAUGUGUGCUUGCUAGAGCUCUGAGAAACUUUGCCACGAAUUAGCAGUUUGACCAUCUUUGAAUGUUAAAAGAUCAAUACCUUUGAAGAAAGUAAUACACAGCUUGAUUUUGACUACAGAAAGAAGAUGAUGUGAACUGCGGGAAUUCAGAGCUAAAUGAAUUCAUCUUCAUUCCAAGUUUCAUUCGUUUCGCUGGUGAAGAUGAACUCAAAAAAUUGGCCUGCUUCCAAUGUAUGGCUCUUCAUAGAUCACUUAAUUUGGUAGAGCACUGCAGUGCUAAUGCAGAGGCCAUUAGUUCGCUUCCCGUUCAAAAGCCCAAAACUUUUUUCGGACUUAAAAUUUCUUAAAUUGCAAUUACAACUGCGGUGGUCAUAUCUUUAUUUAGAUUUUUACAUUGACUGUCGAUGUAUGCGAGUUUUACUUGAAGGUUAGUGUGCUAUGGAGUGCAACUAACAGUCUCUAUAUUGUGGUUUUACUCUAAGUUCUUGUCAGAAUCCCUUUUGCAUUUUCUAUAAGUAAACAACUUAUAAAUUCAUAUCAGCCUUAGUUCCUUUUUUCAUCUAUUAGGGCAGCGUGGUCGAGCGCUGUACUUGUAACCCGGACGUCUCGCCCUGACCCCUAGCUGAAUUUGUCGUCGGUAGUCCCAAGUUUAAAUUCUCCGCUAAGUUUGUAAAAUCGCCUCCCGCCAGUUAGGAUUGUUAACCACAUUUUUUCCAUUUGAAUUAUUUCUGUCUGAAGAGCCCCAUAAGGGAAGAGGAUAAUAAAGUAUUAAUGACACAAUCCCUUACUAAUCAGGGCGCAGGGAUAUCUAUUAUCAACUGAGUGUUUACACUAAAGUGAAUUUGAAUUUGUUUGUUUUUAGAGUCACUUUGUGACGCUGUCCUCCUAAACAGCAACAACCAAUCGUCUCAUUACCGUCUACACAACCGAAAGUUUCAAUUCAUGAUUGACGCCCAGAGAAAAGUUACCGUUCUGUUAACAAGUGGAUCGCUUGACACUAGCUCGCGGUAUGAAAUAAUCAUUGGGUCUGCGGAGGAUAACCGGCUCAAACUAAAACGUAUCAAAGGCAACAUUACUGCUGAUUUGUUGGUGAAGAACGUUACUGGGCCAUUAAAGGAAAACGAGAUGCGGUCAUUCUGGAUUGAAGUAGAAACAGACAGAGUAGUGUUUGGUUCUGGAGAAGUGGUAUGUCUGACAGACUAUAUGAUUAGUUUCUUGCAAGAGAGAAACUACUUGGUCGAUAUUUCUUAUUUGAGAUACGGCUGUUGCGACGCGUUCCACGCACGACCCUCGCCCAUACCCUCUUGUAUGAUACGCCUUUGAGUCUUUGAGCGUGUCAUAGCCCCCUCAACCUCUGUCAUUUUCUUGUCAAAGAUCAUCGUUAUCGUCAUCCUCAUUUUCGAAACGCUUAGUAGACUAUGGCAUAACAUAAAAGUUCAGUGGUUUAAGGUUUUCUUCAUAUUGGGGCUAAGUUCAGCAGCUGAACCUCUUUUAGGCGGCCACCUUGGAAGUAACGAUAAGUAGGCGCUUAAGUAUAGGAUUCACGGUAGUUGAUGUUUUCUCUUAUCAUGUAGCACGUAUUUAUACCCAAGUAGACUAGACAACUAUACUUUCCAGAAUCAUAUAUUGAUUCACUGUCUCAAAUAUUAUCGUUUUUUUCAACAGCUUUACCUGUUUUGGAGAGAUAGUGAUCCAAUUUACGUGAAAUACGUGUUCUUCUCUACGACCACAUCAACGGCAAAUAUUCAUGUGUGUGGACGUACAGGUAAAGAACUCAUUUUUAAUAUCGCUGGUCACGUUCUUAUACGUUUUAAAAAUUUCCAGUUUAUCAGGGUAACUGAUAAUGAUGAUUUUCUGUCGUACAAUUCAGGAAAAGGUUGCACAGUUUAUAUUUGGCGGGUGGGUGGAUUUGGCGUAUUUUAUGACGGAAAUUUGUUUUCCUCAACAUCGCUUUUGCUCAUAACUGGAGGGAAAUUUAUGUGAGUAAUUUUCCGAAGACAUGUGAUUAAGUAUUGGACCACAAAUUUCAAAAACAACGGAAUUAAAAUUCUAAUUUAAUUCAUAUGAUAGCUGAAGAAUAUAGACUAUGUUUGAAAGCGCAUGUCCAGGCUUGUCUUGUACACUAUUUCGAUAAAUUGGUAUUUUAUAGCAACUCUCAGAUAAGUAUCAUUUGAUAUAAAGCAUGUAAAGAAGAUCUUAUUAUGGAAAGGUCAAUUCUUUUGGAAUUGGCAAUUGGGGAAAUUCUAAUUCUUUGAUCCAAAGGGACUUAUAAAUUGACGUAGGCUGCGAAAUCAGCCGACAUUUCGGGACUCCACCAACGGUUUCUCCGGGAAAAGAUGUUCAAGGAACGACAACAGAAAUUCCAUACUGAUGACGUGUCACACCCUGAUAGGGGUAGUGCUUGUGAUUGGUUGAAAAUUUGCUCUAACCAAUCAAAAGCACUACCCAGAACUGGGUAGUAACACCUCAUCAGUAUGAAAUUUUUGCGCUCGUUCCUCAGAGAUCACUUCGCCGAAAAGCCGUCAGGGACGUUGCUAAAUGUCGGCUGUUUUCUCAGUUUAAAAUUGAGUCGGAGUGGGAGGGGAGGGGAGGGGGACUGUUUUCGCAAUUUUUGCAUAGCAUUCUCAUUGCAUGCUUUUAACAGAUCAAUGUUAUAAGGAUGCGACUCACUACUGGCCACUGGACAAGCCUGUUUUCGUAAAGGACAUAAACAACGGCAAGAUCGGAAAGAUUCACGGUCCAUGGAUCACAGAGCGCGCAGCCGCUAAAGCUGACUUUUCACCUCUGGCGCUCUCCAUCGACAACUCCGCUUCCUGGGUAGACCUUGGCGACCUUUCAGACAGCUGCUUAAGCAUUCCUUCCAAGUGUCCCAAUGGAUUUUCUUUAAGCUUCAAAGCCAGUAUUUCUGGAACUGGAACCGGCUAUUUGCUAUCCCUUGGCACAGUAAGCAUCUUUUAUGUCGACGAAACCAUGUAUUUUACUGUUAAGGACACACACAAGGAGUGGGAGGUUAAAGGAGCCUUUAAGAGGAACACCUGGCAGACAUUUUCCAUUGGGUGGAGCUACGCAAAUGGCCUGACAGCUGUUAUAGUCGGUAAUGCAGCUACUGUGUUGUAUGAUUUCAGUGGCAAGACUGUCACGCCUUCAGCUGUGACAAACGGUUCUUUUACGAUUGGUCGACCUAAAUAUUUCAGUGGUGCAAUCAGAGAUGUUGCAAUUUGGGAACUGGAAAUAAGUGAGGAAAGGAUGAGAACACUUCAUGUAUGCAAUGGUGAGUCCACUUUUUAUAACUUGUUUCAAUAGGUUUGUGCGGAUCAACACUCAUUGCAACAUUAUGAUUGUCAAUAAUAAAAAAAUAACGAAACAUGCAAAACAAGUUAACAUCAUUUUGCCGGAGGUAGCCUGGGAUUUUGGGGCUUCGUGGUUGGGAAAAGGGGGGACAAUUCGCGAUCAAAGCGAGCCGAUCAGACCGAGAUAUGUUAUGAACAGUUCACACUUGUUUAACCUUUGUCAUGACGAUGUCGUAUAGUUUCCUUAUUUUUUUCUGGAAACGAAGAAGGCGUUUGAAAAGCUCACGUAUUAGAAGAAGCACCGUAUGAUUAUUUCAAUGUGUUCAUUUAAGAUCAAGAAAUGCUGUGCCUGUUUAUUCCCAACAUAGUCAAAAAUAAUGAGGUCAAAGGCCAUUACUGAUUUCCAAAAAGCCUCACUGUUAAAGCGAGGCUAAGUGCAAAAACCUGUCUUGUUAAAAUGUGAAUUAUAAUAGAAUUACUUUUGUAACAAUUGGUUCGCCUACAGCCUCGCUUUGAAACAGAGGCUUGGGACGUGAGAUAAAAGGCCUAGCUAAGUGCACUUUUCUUAUGAGCUGAUUAGCGGUCGCUCUUAUCUAUGAUGUUCACAGAUCCAGACUCCUGCCCCGUGGGCUGGGAAUAUUUCGAUGGUUCCUGUUACAAGGUGUCGCCUUCAAACCUCUCAGCUUCCGCAGCUCGUGAAGCAUGCGUUAGUGAAACAGCUGAUCUGGUGAAGAUUACAUCAGAACAAGAAAAUGCUUUUGUUCGUAGCUUGCUAAAAGGGGAUUUUUGGAUUGGACUUGAACGAGAGCGAAACGAUGAAUUAUAUUACUGGAGAGACGGAAUGAAAGUCUCUUAUGAAAAAUGGAAUAACGGAUCAUCAAGUGGUGAUUGUGUUGUUAUGGAAUCGAGUGGAAAUUGGAGCAAAACUUCAUGCUCAUCGUACACAUCGAGAUACGUUUGUGAACAAGGUAAUGUUUUAAGUUCACGAUAAAUUUUCAAACGGCGGUUUUUUCGCUGUUGAUUAAAAUCUCUCUUUUUUAUGCCUUGUGCCAAGAAUUUCUUUUAAACUUUUACUACAUUUGAGGACUUUUUACCCGUCAACAGUGCCUCAUUAUAAACGCAGAGCAGCUAGUGUUUUGAGUGUCUAAUAUAAUGAUAUUGCUUUCAAUGCGGCACAGCAAAUUCCUUGGAAAAUCAUUACAACUCACUGUAGGGACCUUAAGAUCCAAAGACGAGGACGGCAGUGAAAACGUCGCUGAAAAAGUGAAUUCGCGUUCUUUUAAUCUUCAUCGCGAUUACGCAGUCACUAGCUUUGUCAAAUGUAGGUAACUACUCCUGAAGUUGAAUUCCGAAGAACCAUAUCCAAGUUCAGAAAGAGAGACGGAAUUUCGCUGUCGCUUGUGUACUUCCUCUAUAAAACGUGAAAUCAGGCAUUUUCAAGUCGUAGUCGUGCAGUGACGGCAAAGAAAUGUACAAAGUCAAAAAGAGUAAUGCACGUGCAAAGUUCUUGUUUUGCUUAUUCAACCUGUUGCUUUUAUGACUUUCUCGUUGCCGUCCUCGUCACGGAAGUAAACUAACGGCCAACAAUUAUUUAGUUUUGCGUUUGCGUUCCAUAGUCGCUCAAAGUGAUUUCAGAAAUUGUUGAUCUUAGUCUCUCAGUUUAUCAUUAUUAAUGCCUGAAUGUUUAUCCUUCUUCACUACAGUUCCUUACCAGUACUUGGGUUGCUACAAGGACAGUGACACAUCGCCAGCUUUUGUUUUUAACCCCGGUGGAUACAAGCCAAGCAGCAUGACCCCAGGUCUCUGCAUGCACGAAUGCGGCACUUGGUACUAUACUUAUGCAGCAGUAAAGGGGGGAAUGCUGUGCUUGUGUUCUAACUCCACUUCCCCAGCGGCUGAAGGUGCCGCUGACAUGUGCUUUUGGCCCUGUUUUGGUUCCGGAAAUCUUAAAUGCGGAGGAAAAAGUCACAUUUCUGUUUUCAACUCAGUUACGGUGUGGCCUCGGAGGCUGGAUAUGUCCUUGGAUUCCUCUGUGUACACCUUCAAGGCUUUUAACAUAACAUUGACGCCGACGUUACCAGCCAAUGAAACCGUUGAGUCCUACACGAUUAACAUCGGGGAUGGUACAACUCAUUACACCACGUAUUCCCCUGCAACCAUAGCAAUUCUGCAUCCCGGAAGUUACUACAUCAAAGGAACAGCAAUCGUAAAACAUAGUAAAACAGGUUAUCGAUCAACAAUUGAAUCUCCUGUGAAGACUAGGAGAGUAGUUUCUGAAUUGACAGGUCUUAAUAUUUCUUGCCAAUCCUGUGCUCCUGUGAACGUUUCCGCCGGUUGUUCUGUGAUGUUCCGUUAUGGUUCUAACGUGAAUUAUUCAGUGCAAUUUGGGGACGGAAAAGGUCCAGUCAGUGGUUCACUUCCUGGUAAGUGUUAACACCCAAACAUUACUACAACUUUGCUGCACUAACUUCUGUUAACAGAGACCUUUAGAUUCUAAGACGAGGACGAGAUUUUCUCAGUACGAAGUGUUGCGCAUACGUAAACCAGCAUCAUUUUAGCGGGAAAACGGGAUAGCAGUCGUUACCUAACUACGAGUUUCUGCGAGUAUGUCGAAGUGGUAGAAAAAAGUUGUCAAAUGUUCGAGGUUUUAUUUUCCUGCGAUCUAGAGAGGGCGUAACCUUGAGCCAUAACGGUGCUAACUUUCUUGGUGAAAAAUAGUCCUGAAGUCUUUUUUUUUGACAAUACGCGAAAAAAAAUUAAAUCAAAUUUCGUACUCGUAGUCGUUCUUGUCCUCGAACACUAAGGUCUCUGAAAGAGCAAAUUAUGUUGAUUCGAAUCUUUUGAUUGAUACGCCAGAAAGUGUAUCGUGGUAGGGGGAUUUAAAUGGGGUCAAAGUCUUCUGCGUCUUAUACAUUGCAUUCCAGACUCCGCCCUUUUUCCGUUUCUUAUAGCCAUUUUUUGAUUGCGACAUAGUAAGCAUUCUGAUGCAAUUUCCCUUUGUUUAUCCCACUAUCCAUGCUUUUAAAACUCCUACCUCUCGCCCUUUCCUUUCCCACCUCUUGUAUCCCUCUCACACACUAUUCUCCCAGGCUCCUACUUCCUGUCCUUCCCACUAUGAUAUUAAAUUAGUAUAACUAUAUUUCGGACAUGCAAAGAUAAGGAUUCUGGGGAUAGAGCUAGCCUAAACUUCAAAGUGAGAACCUAUCAGCACUUGUUCAUAUUAUCUUGUUCACAGUCUUAAUCCACCACUGUGAUUUCACGACGAAUUUCAGGUCAAAAAAAUAUAACAUUUAGUCGCCUACUGGGUGCAAAUAUAUUUUCAGGCGCAAAUUAAGCCGGGCAUAGCCUUAACCAGUCCUAGAUGAAAUUAGUCUUAAAACGGGGUCAUAUGAUUUUCCUUCAUGCACUACUGCUGAAUUUGCUGAUUAUGCAAUUAAUGGACCUGUUUUUCUAUCCACAGAUGCAGCAGUACUGACUGUGGGCACACCAGCUGGGGAAGCACACUCGCCAAUUACAUCUGACGGGUUAUAUCUGAUGGCGGGUACGGAAGUCAAAAGUAAAGGAGAAGCUGUUGCCCUGGAAAUGGAUGUUGAGACAGGAGGGUCUUUAGAAAUCAUGGUACUCUUCCAAUAG